CAUCGUUGGCUAGUUUACGACGGUAUUUACACAUUUUUCUUUUUGGCAGGUUGUUGCGUGUUAUUUGUUUUCAUUGGGGAAGAAGGUUUGUGUAGUAAAUUUUGCUAGGAGGUGCUGGUGAAACCCCGAUUUUCUUGAGGCGGAUACAGAAACGACGGUAGCAGAUCGAGGGCACGUUUAUUUAUCAAUAGUAUCCUUAAUCUAAGGAGAAAAUGUCACUUUAUGAUGAUCUUUCUGUGGAGACGAGUGGCUUAAAAACAGAAGGGUGGUCAAAGAAUUUCAAACUUCUUCAGUCUCAGCUGCAAGUGAAGAAAGCAGCACUAACACAGGCAAAGAACCAGCGAACAAAACAGAGCAAUGUCUUGGCUCCAGUGAUUGACCUGAAAAGAGGUGGGUCCAGUGAUGACAGGCAGAUAGUUGAUACCCCACCACAUAUAGGCACUGGUGUAAAGGAUGCAGUACCCAGUGGUUUCUCUUCGGGUGAUGUGCUUAUUCCACUGGCAGAUGAAUAUGACCCCAUGUAUCCAAAUGAUUAUGAGAAAGUGGUGAAACGACAGAGGGAAGAGAGACAGCGACAACGUGAACUUGAGAGACAGAAGGAGAUUGAAGAGAGAGAAAAGAGACGGAAAGAAAGGCAUGCAGAAGCAAGUGGAUUUUCAAGGAGACCAGAUCCAGACUCUGAAGACGACGAAGAAUAUGAGAGAGAGAAAAGGAAAAGGACAACUGGAGGAGCGGCAAUUGCACCACCUACUUCACUUGUCGAGAAGGAUAUGGAAACAGCACUUCCUUCGUUUCCAUAUGAAGAUGAAUCUAUGCCUCGUGUGCCGUCUUCUAAAGCAGCUAUCCCUCCCCCUAUGUAUGAUGACUCAGACAGAGCACGGUCACCUCCUCUGCCCAGUAAUACUUUUAUUUCUAACAUGGGUGGCACUGUUGCCCAUAAAAUUAUGCAGAAAUAUGGUUUCCGGGAAGGUCAGGGUCUUGGAAAGCAUGAACAAGGGCUGAGCACUGCUCUAUCAGUAGAGAAAACCAGCAAAAGAGGAGGAAAAAUUAUUGUGGGAGAUUCAGCAGACAAAUCAGAGACACCAAAGAAGGAUUUGAACCCACUCACAGAGAUACUGAAGCAUCCUACAAAAGUUGUUUUGCUGAGGAACAUGGUGGGCUCUGGAGAGGUGGAUGAUGACCUUGAAGCAGAAACAAAAGAAGAAUGUGAAAAAUAUGGCAAAGUUGUGAAAUGUGUCAUUUUUGAGAUACCGACUGCCCCAGAUGAAGAAGCUGUACGAAUAUUUAUAGAGUUUGAAAGAGUAGAGUCUGCCAUCAAAGCUGUUGUUGACCUUAAUGGAAGGUACUUCGGUGGACGGGUGGUGAAGGCCUGCUUCUACAACCUUGAUAAGUUCAGAAUCUUGGACCUUGGUGAUAACAUGUAGAGAAGAUGAAGCAGCAGCUGAUCAGCAUUGCCAACAUUUCCAUCUCCCAGCCUAGGUCUUGUUGCAAACAUGACAAUAGUUGUAAAGGUUACAGGUGAAAAAGGCAGGACAGAACAGACUGGUUGUUCACAUCUGUAGUUUCUUACUCCUGUAACAUAAUUUUUUAAAAGCAUUCUCUUCGAUAGAUGAAGUCCGGCCUGUCACAUUAAAAUGUACAUUUUUAAAGCAUAUUUUUAAAACUUUGUCCUUUAAACACCAUUUUUGUGCCGACCUACUCUCCAGAUUGUAUAGCAAAUAGUGCUGUAAAUGUGAUUCAGCAUUUCUUUUGUGCUAGGGACUGAUGCCUGAUACUGGUUGAGGAUAUUCUACAAUACGUCUUCAUACUUAUGUUGAAUUUGGAAGAGACCUUUGGUCAAGCCACAGUGCAUUAAAUUGCACUAAUUUCCUUUGGUCUGAUACUUGAAAAUGAUGUUACACUGCUGAGAAUUAACUGAACUUUCAUUUAUGUUUUAUUUCAUCAAAGUGGGAUCCUCUACAAAUUAUAGUAUCUACUUGUUCAUUCUUGAGCAACUUUUCCCGCAGAAGUUGAGAGAAAAAAUAUGUUAUGGAUUUUUUUUUAUGGUUAAAAAGAAAAUGUAUGUAAAAAGUAUUAAAAAAAAAUCAUCCCAA